ACAGCUUUGGAGAGAGAUCUCAUUGUAAAGCAUUCUCAUCGCAACUCUGUUUGCAGAGAUGGAGUACACAGUAAGAGUACCAAAGUCACUCAAAAAGAAGUACAAUGUGAUGCGAUUCCACACAGCCUUGGGGGUCGACUUCAAGUCAUGGAAUCACACCAAGAUGGAAAGAGAGAACAACAUGAAGGAGUUCAAGAGCUUGGAUGAUGAGAUGCCCAAGUAUGGGGCCGGGUCUGAGUUUGGUCGUGACCAGAGGGAGGAGGCAAGGCGAAAGAAAUAUGGCAUCCACAUGAAGAAAUACCGACCAGAAGAUCAGCCAUGGAUCCUUCACGUUGGCGGCAAAAAUGGAAAAAAAUAUAAAGGAAUCAGAGAAGGUGGUGUCUCAGAGAACUCCUCCUGGUAUGUAUUUAUGCAGGGUAAAGAUGGGGCCUUUGAAGCGUACCCUGUUGAAGAGUGGUAUAAGUUCAGUCUUGUCCCUAGGUACAAGGCCCUCAAUGCAGAGGAAGCAGAAAAGGAGUUUGAAAGGCGAGACAAAAUUAUGAACUACUUCUCGGUGAUGUACCAGAAGAAACUUAAGAAAGAUGGAGGAGAGGAAGGAGAGGAAGGAGAAGAGGCCACAAAGAAGAAAGGAUCUUCAAGCAAGAACUUGAGACUCUCAGAAAUGGAUGAUUGGAUGUCUGAUGAUGAGUCAGGUAGCAAUGAAGAAAUUGACGAAGAGGAACGGGAAAUGCAAAAGAAGAAGAAAAAGAAGGUUCAGUCGAAAGGGAGACACCAACAUGGGGGAAAGAAGAAAAAGAAUCCAGAUGGAGACAGUGAAGAAGAUUGCCUAGAGGAGAGUGAUGAAUACAAUGACGGUGCCGAGCACGACUAUAUCUCAAGUGAUUCUUCAGACUCUGAAGCUGAGAAUGAUGAGGUUGUCACCAAGGAGUUAGCAGGAGUUGAUGAAGCAGAUGCCCUGAGGAAACUCUUAGGCUCUGAAGAUGAGGAAGAAGAGGAGAAGGAGAAGGAGAAAGAAGAGGAGGAUGAGGAGAAGAAGGAAGGGGAGGAGAAAGAGGAGAAGGAGAAGAAAAAGAAGAAGAAGAAGAAAAAGGAUAAGAAGAAAGAUCAAGCUGACUCCGAUGCCAAGACCUCUGACACCAGUGAUGAUGAAAAGAAGAAGAAAAAGAAGGAUAAAGAUGAUAAGUCGUCUGACAAGGACAAAAAUGACGAGGAUGGGAAUGGCAAGCGUAAAUUGGGGAAAUCGGGCGCAUCAGACAGCCUUGCCAAGAAGGCUCGCUCUGACAUCCCAACACCUGGAUCUUCCACUCCCUUGGUGGCCCCUGGCAGUGACAGUGGUGUAACAGAAGAAGCUAUCAGACGAUACCUGAUGCGCAGGCCCAUGACCACAACUGAACUCCUCCAGAAAUUCAAACUCAAGAAGAAGACAGGCCUGAGCUCCGACCAACUUGUCCAGGCCAUUGCCCAUAUUCUGAAGCGCAUUAAUCCCAUAAAACAGAUGGUGACUGGAAAAAUGUACCUGUCACUGAAGCAAUAGGCCUUAAAUUUUGUGUUUUUCUUUUUGCAAUUCACUCUUUCUUUUUCUCCUCUAAUGUGUGAUAAUGCUGGUUGUGUGAAGAAUGAAUGUGCAUAUUUUUUCAUAGUUCAAUUUAGAUUAAAUACAAAUGUUUCAUGCUAACUAUAUACUGCAUGAAAUUAGGCCAAAUGAACUAUAAAUGGAAUAAGUUUCAUAUUUCUUAUUUUACAAUGUAGAGGUAUUGUUAUUGCCUCUUCUAUAUAUUUUUCUAUAAAUAUAUAUAUAUAUAUAUAUAGCCUCUCAGUAGUAAUGUUACCAUCCAACACUGGGCAUGAUUGACAUUAUAUUCCAUUCAUGUGUGUGUGUGUGAAAUGACAUUUUAUAAAAAUUAAUAAAGUGCUGACAAUGAAAGAGUAACACUUACCUCGUACAUAUUAUAAUUAAUGUUUGAAUAAAAGAAGAAUUUUGUAAAAAUAGGUCGCUAAUUUUCCUAA